AUGAGAAGACCGAGGGGUUGCGCUGCUUCUGUAGCGUUAGUUACCUCAUGGGCUCGACAUCUGUGUCACACACUCCCGCUACGUGGCUUAGAACAGAUACAGGACGUUCCUACUUCGACUGAUCGCAAACCUCGAGGUUUUCAUCGUGGCCCUGGAAAGCGUCAAACAUCUCUGAAAGAAACAGCAGCCUAUCAGUUUAUUAAACGCUGGGAUUUGCGUAUGCGUGAUACGUGGGAUGACCUUGAGCCUUUCAAAGGCCUCCCAAAGCCCAAAUCUCAGUUUGGAAACGAAGCGACCGAGAUCGUAUGGCCGUAUGCUCUACUUUUGGAGCGCGUAGUCAAAGUGCACCCCUUUACAAAGUCGAUUUAUGUAUACUACAGCCAGCGGCAAGAUACUACGUUUGGCAAGUUGGCUGCCGACACUGCCAAGGCAUUUUCACGCAACUACCUCGUGCCCAUCACCUUUCACAACCCUCAGGUUUACAUUGAAACCGAAAUGCUGCUCGAGUACAGCGAGACAGCGUGGGUAGUCGUGCAUUGCCUUGAUGGUCGACAUGAGCUUCUGCCUGUCCGGUUGCAGGACGACAUGACAGUCUCACAAGGGGUCGAGACGCUCCUUGCUAGCGUUGUCAAGGCUUGUGAGGCUCUUGGUAGCAGCGUUGCGGAACCUAGGGAGAUGACGAGAGUGUUCAAUGAGCGGCCUCUUCAAAAUCAGUAUCUUCGGAUCAACUAUCAAUGGUUCGGUGAUACCCCUGAGGAGCGGAUGAGUCAUAUCGUGCAGUGGGACUUUGACCCGGCUUCGGUGGAGCCGACUCUGCGGUCGCGCACACGACAUGUUCUUGAUUGGCUGAACUAUGACGGCAAUUUACCGAACCACAACUCUGUUCGCUUGAAUGUGCGAAGAGAAUCGGCACGUAUGCGGCGCCCUCAUACGGUGGGUGGCCCUCGUUCCUUCUUUAAUUCGGCAGGUUCUCGGGCCAAUGCCCGGACUCCUAGAUUCAAUAAGCCGUCCUAG